AUGGCUGAACAAUUGGGUUUCAAAUUUCAAGUCCACAUGUAUUUCAAGCAUCGUCAACCUCCACGAUUAGGAGAAAUUUAUUUACAAAUCAUGCGAGAAAGUGGAAAUUUAUAUCCAUCGAUAUUGGCCAGUAGUACGAAGAGACCAUCUAAAGCUGCCCUCUCACUCUUUGAAUUGACUCUGGAAGAGUAUUGUCAAGUGAUGAACGAAUUUUUACCACAACGAAUGGAAUUUGCCUAUGAAGGACCUUAUUUUGAAAUACCUUCUCGAUUCUUAUUGAAUGAACCUGUUGAAUGGUUGGAAGAGCAGUGCAAGCCAAAUGUAACCUAUCGUACGGAAAUGUGGCGUCGAUACUUGUUGGAAGAGAAUGCUCCUCAUUGGAGUGAAAUUUUUGUAGUUCAUCGAUGA